CGCAGAUGCUCCAUGGUUUUACAAUUAGAAGGUGAAAGGGCAAGGUAGUUAGGCUUUGACGGGGGCCUUGCCCGUGCCCUAGGGGCUUGUCGGUUGGAGGGGGUGGAGUUGGACUUGCUGUGGACCUCUACUGUCGGUGGGCCAUUCCUCCCUUCCUCCUGCGUCUGAUGCUCCCUUCUCUCUCUCUCUCUCUCUCUCUCUCUCUCUGCUGCUCCUUCACCAACUGCGCCCAAAAAGCCUGGAACUUUCUCAGCUCUUCUCCUCGUCUCUCCACCGAGUUCCUUGCAUCCAGUGAUCACUUAGCCCUCUAAAGCGGCAGUGGCAAUACCCAAUAAUAUUCCGGUGCGCCCCAUUUCACCCCUUCGGCAAGAACCGCUGGAGAAGCAGAUCGUUCAUGGCCGUCGCCGAAGCAGAGGCGACCACCGCCACGGAGCUGGCCCUCGCCGACACCGACAUUAACUGGGGCAGGUUAGACAAGACCAGGUUUCACAUCAUCGGGGCCAUUCUUUUCACAGCUCAAUCAGCCCUUUUGCAUCCCACGGCAGUCGUCAAGACCCGAAUGCAAGUGGCUGGUUCUGGCCUCUCCCACAUGCGUGGAUUCACCGUGUUUAGACAGAUUCUCAGGACCGAUGGAAUCCCGGGAGUCUUUAGAGGUUUCGGAACCUCUGCUAUCGGAUCGCUCCCUGGUCGUGUCUUGGCUCUGACAUCGCUAGAAGUAUCGAAAGACCUGAUGCUUAAGUACACUGAAGGUUUGGACAUGCCUGAAGCAACUCGUGUCGGGAUCGCAAAUGGAGUGGCCGGCAUGCUCUCGAAUUUAGUUUCGUGCGUGUACUUUGUGCCCCUAGAUGUGGUGUGCCAGAGACUAAUGGUACAGGGGCUACCAGGGACCACAUCCUGCAGAGGGCCCGUUGAUGUUGUUCGGAAAGUGAUGAAAGUGGAAGGGGUACGUGGUAUGUACAGGGGAUUUGGAUUAACUGCAGUUACCCAGUCUCCUGCUUCUGCACUUUGGUGGGGUGCUUAUGGUGCUGCUCAACACAUUAUAUGGAGGAGCUUGGGGUGUAGGGAUGAUAUAGAGAAGAAGCCAUCUCAUGUAGAGAUGGUAGCAGUUCAGGCUACUGCAGGAUUAGUUGCAGGAGCUUGUUCCUCGGUCAUCACCACUCCCAUAGACACAGUAAAGACUCGACUUCAGGUAAUGGAUAAUUAUGAAAUUGGAAGGCCGUCUGUCUUGAAGACAGCAAAAGCAUUGCUCAAAGAAGAUGGCUGGUGGGGUUUCUACAGGGGAUUCGGUCCUAGGUUCCUCAAUAUGUCACUUUAUGGAACUACAAUGAUCGUCACAUACGAAUUGAUAAAGCGAUUAUCGGUGAAGCAGCAGUGAAAGUUUUCGUGUUCGGUGAGGCAGGAAUUGUUUAGUUGAAUUGCUUCAGGUUAGAUUAGACAUAGAAGGGUCCUGCAAUUCUUGCAUUUUUUAGUGGACGGUGGAAGAAUUGUUCGGAAGGGCAGCUAUAGAUUAGGUUGGCUUAGUUUUGGGGAGGAUUUUCGAAUUGGAAGUUUUCUAUUUCCACAAUAGAUGGGAUAAGUUGCAAAUUUAUGCAUCUUUUUCCCAAAUUUUGUGACCCUCUUCUUCCUUUUGUUAUAGGUCAAAUGUCAUCAAUGGUGACAGUCUUCCAGAACUCUGUUUUUCUUAUUUUUCGAAUAUGCAUCCCAUUAAUUUGUUUCAUUUCA